AUUUUGUAGGUGGCUACACUGAGGAUUACACCACAGGGAAGAUGAUGACCUUCGCCACGGUGUUCGCCGUGAUGUUCAACGGCUGCACCGGCAUCAUGGCCGGCUCCAAUAUGUCAGGUGACCUGAAGAACCCCAGCUACGCCAUCCCCCGCGGCACCAUCACCGCCGUCAUCUUCACCUUCAUCAUCUACAACCUGCUGAGCCUCCUGGUGGCCUGCUCCUGCGAACGGGUUCUUCUUCAGAGGGACUACAGUUUCCUGAGAGACAUCAACAUCUGGAAUCCCUUCGUCAUCACCGGGGUUUACUGCUCCACGCUGUCCGCCGCUAUGAGCAAUCUCAUCGGAGCCUCUCGCAUCCUCUACGCCCUGGCCAAGGAUGACUUAUUCGGUACGGUUCUGUCUCUGGCUAAGAAGACGUCCCACAGCGGGAACCCCUGGGUCUCUGUGCUCAUGUCCUGGUUCUUGGUGCAGGUCAGUAGAAAGGCAGAUGGUCCUCUCUGA